AUGUCCUACUACAGCCAUCCCCAAUACCCUCCUAGUGAGAGCUAUGCUUCAUCCUUUGGUGCUGGACCUUCCAAUUAUGUUCAUGGACCGAAAGAAGCUUAUUGUCAGCCAUGUUGGCGUGAAAUCGACCAGUGCAAUGCUUGGAAUGCUCUUCGGUAUGCUACCAAGACUGAGGAAGAUGAUGAACAAUCCAUGGGCCCGAGUGAACGAGAGUCUUAUACUUCAUUCGAGGACCGCGGUCGACGAGGAAGGUCUGCUAGCAGUGUCCGUUCUUCUUCUGCUGCCCCUUCAAGUGCUCACGCUCCAUCCGCAUCCAGCUACCAAUCUCGACCAACAAAAACAGCAAGCAGUAUCCAAUCUUCCAAGGCUGCCUCCUCAUCUACCCCCUGCUGUGGUGUAGCCGGCCCACCAGUCUUCUACAAUCCGUCCUACAACCAAGCUCGUCGACCUAAAACAGCGAGCAGUAUGCAAUCCUCCACCGCCGGCCCCUCAUCCGCCGGCCACUCAACCACUCACUACUGCACGACCUGUCUCCCACCACCCAACGACCCCUGGUCCACCGAAGCAUCAAAAGGCAGCUCCGACUCCCUCUGGCAAUACUACCCCAUCCCCGGCUUCCCCAACCUGAACAGCUUCUACCCCGCCCUCCCCCAAACCAGCAUCCCCUAUCCCCUCCUCGAGCGCUACGCCUACAACGACGCCUACGGCCAAGACGUCCCCAACCUGAAUCCACACUGGUACCCACCCACGCUCUCUGGUCCGAAUCUCCUUAUGCCUUUCUGUCAGUCGGUCAACGGUCUCGACCUCUCCAAGGCGCCAGAGCGAGAAUGCGAGAUCUGCCUCCCUGCUUUCUUGGCGUAUAGAGAGAACCUGUUGAUGCAGAUGGGGGUUGAUAUCAAGACGUUGACCUUCGCGGAGUAUGCGAGGAAGUAUUUCCCUAGGUUGGAGCGCCCGAGACUUGAGGGAGAGGGUGGGGAGUGUGAGUGGGAUAUGAGUGCUUUGGAGUUUAUGAAGAGUUUGGUUGAUGAUGAGGAAGGCGAGGAUGACGAUGAGGAUGAGGAAACGGAUGAAGAAGAGGAAGAAGAGGAAGACGAGGAGGAUACUCUCGAUGCUAGUUCAUACCACGAAACAGAAGCAGAAACAAAAACAGCACGCACACAAUCACCAAUUAGCUUCGUCGACCACGAGUCCCAAAUCGGCGCCCUGUUCCGCAAGAAGUGCUACCACGCCACGCUCGCAAAUCGGGAGCCGCCAUACUACUCUGAUUACCGAGCAAAAUACUACUACGACCUCGGAGUUGCGAAUGAGAAGUCUCGCCACAAAACCAUGAACCUCUCGAACGAUGAUGACAAGAGCAACACUGAAACAGCACGCACACAAUCCCUCCGCUCCCUCCAUGACGCCGACGCGAAACCCAGAACAGUGACACCCAGCCAAUACAAGAAAUGCCUUCGAGCCCAAGACUUCAAGAACAUGAGCUUCCCAGAUUUCAUAGCCAAGUACUACGAGCAAGAAGACUCCGAUCUCGGAUCCACAUCCCGCAGCUACAAAACCCCCCGCUCUCUGGAACGAUGA